GAAGUAGUUCUUAAGCCAAUUUUGAAUCGGUCAUAAUUAUCAUUAGUAAGGAAUCCGCAGGACUGUUCGAAACCACGUGCAGGACAUUGGAAACCCUGGUAUUUUAAUACCGUAAAUCGAUCGAUAGAUCAGCAGAUUGCCACCAAGAUCCCGGUAAUUCUUUUUCGGCUGGAAGGGCGGAAGCAGAAGAAGAAGACUAUUAAUAGUGCACACGAAAAACAGAGCUCCAAAAAGAAGUGGGAAUCUCUCAUUCAGGCAUCAGACACAAGACACACAAAUCCAAGCUAGCCAGCAAGGACGAGUAACACUUUUGACCUGAUACCGGUACCCCUCAGUGUUUGAAAAUCAUGGGCUAUCAACGCGGCAAGAGCAUCCCUCGAUCGAACAGUGGAGCAGCCAUUGUGGCUGACAAUGCUGCCGGUGGUGCUUCCAGGCGUGGUUCUACUAGUACCAAUACCAGUACCGGCAUUAGCACUCACAGCCAUCGUGGCCGCAGCAAGAGUUCCCGACGACUCAUCGAUAAUGGUACUAGCAGCAGUAGUAGUCAUCACCGCCGUCGUCGCAGUGGAGGUGGUGGUAGUAACAGUGCGUCACGAAGCAGUCGACGACGCUCUUCAAUGCAUGCGGGGAGUAGCAAUCUUCACCACGAGACGGCAUCCUCUCGCAGUAAGAGUACUCGACGAAGAGCAACACUUUCCACCGCUAGCACAUGUACUGCUGGUAGUAGCAGUAGUAGAAGAGAAGAACGAGAAGAAGAGACCCGAAGAGCACCUCCCUCUCGCAGCAAAAGUCUCCAACGAAAGAGUUCCAUGGUGGACUUGUCCAGAAGCACUGUACACAGCAAUGCGACUACCCAAAGUCGCAGCAGUAAGAGCCGCCGUAGUUCCAUUCAUACUUCUUCUGCCAAGCAAGACAAGCAAGAACAAGACAAAGCAGCUCCGCCGCUUCGUAGAACGCACAGUGACGAGAGCUUCUGCAGUAAUCGCGGAAGAAGCGUCACCCGCACCAACAGUGCACGACGUUCCCUUCUGGACAGCACCACCGCCCCUACUAGUAUCAAUCGCCGUGCCAACCUGAAACGACGCCAGUCAUCCAACAGGUUGCUGAGCUGCAAGCUCUCGGAGCAUACUUCAGCGGAAACCCAAGACACCACGGCUGCUCCGCCGUUGCGAAGAACCAAGAGUGAUGAAAGUUUUGCUGGUCGGGGAAGAAGCAUCACCCGCACCACCAGUGCACGACGUUCCCUUCUGGACAGCAACCCCAGUCCUACUGCUGCCAAUCGCCGUGCCAACCUGAAACAACGGGAAUCAUCCAGCAAGUUGCUCAGCUAUAAGCUGUCCGAGCAUGUUACAACUGACACCCAAGAAUCCACGGCCGCUCCACCUCUGCGAAGAACCAAGAGUGAUGAAAGUUUUGCUGGUCGGGGAAGAAGCAUCACGCGGAAAAAGAGUGGUCGCAGACAGAGUUUGCUUCUAGGGAGUGGCAGCACCACCAGUCCCAACCCUCCUCGAGCGAACCUGAAACAACGGGAAUCAUCCAGCAAGCUCUUGUUGUUGUCCGAAAGCAACAAGCUCUCUUCCGAGCAUACAAGUAGUUUUUCUACCACCACGAAACUUAACAAGUUGUCCAACUUUGAUCCCAACGCCAACGUGUUGAUUCAGCCCAAGACCACGUCUCUCAAGUCGGCAGUCGCCAUGAGAUUUGCCACAACAUCGCAAGAUGACUCUUUUAUGCGGUCGCAAGACGAUUCUUUUCUGGGGACGCAAGACGACUCUUUUCUGCGGACAUCGGCUUCCCUCUUUGAUGAUGAUGACGAUGAUGAUUGUUUCGAUGGCAUCGUGGAUGAUGAUGAUGAUACGGAACAGCAAGAAGAAGAAGAACUGGAACAGGAUCAGACCACACAGAGCAGCAGCAGCCGACGAGCACAAGCAUCCGAAUGUUUGCUGUUGAAUACACUGCCCACCACACUCCGACGAUCGAAGACCGACUCCUCUGCCAUGAGCAACAUGAGAACACGCUCUAGCACUACUACUACGAGAUCGUUAUCCGGUGCCACCAAACGACCCUCGCAAACCACUUUGGCACUGCUGGCCAUUGCGUCCAACAUUGCCAGCAGCAGCAGCAGCAAUUACGAUGACAUGAUUUCGAACAAGGACAAGAUGAAAAAACUACGAGGGCGCAGCAAGUCCAUGACGGAUCAGAGCAUGUACUCGACCAGUACCAAUACGAGUUCCUCUACUUCGAGUAGCACGAAAUCUUCGGUCGAAGAAUCGGUCAAGCGCAUGAAGGGAUUGCAACACAAGUUUCGACGCCACAAGCAAGAACAGGAUGCCGGUAAAGAAACGGCGCGGUUGACACAGGAUAUUCCCUUGUUGAGACGGUUCGCACCCACCGAAGCCAUUAUUUCUUCUUCGGCCAAGCAGCAGCAAAAGACGACCACCACGGCCGCCAAGAGCGCUUAGCUGGCCAGGGAAGCAAUGCACGAUCACUGCUACCUAGCAGCAAGCUAAUGUAUGAUAUAUAACGAUACAUAUUCAUUGAACACUCCAGGCA